AUGCAUGACCGCUCAUUCACGAGUUCUGCAUAUUUCCGGGUGGACGAACCGACGAAAGAUGACAUCAAGACACCAGAUGAUAUCGAACGGACAGUCCGGGAAGCAGCGGAACGAUGGAAAGACACGCUGCCCAAAGACUAUCUCGGCCCCGAAGAAUUAGCCCUCUACGAACGACUCUAUGGCCCGCCUUUGCGAGAAACGGAGCCAGAAGAUGUAGGCAUCCCAGCGCAUGCCGAUAUGGCCGAGGACGGACAAUUCGAGGAAGUAGAAUACGAGACCGCAGACGACCAAGCCUCGCAAGAUCAAGCAACUGCGUCGGCUGAGGGGGCUACUCUGGAAGCUGUGGACCAAGCACCGACAUACGUCGACGCUGUGGCAAGGAACCCGAGAGAGCACGCCGCGUUGCUGAAGCUAUCGCAAGAUUUUGAGGCGGCGCAAAGAAAGCAGAGGGAAAGAGAGCAAAGCGCUGCGUGGCCUCCUGAAGAAGAGUGGGACGACGGCGACUACAGGUCGGGACAGCGUCGACGGUUCCACCGGCACACCCUCCAAGGGCAUUUCCAUGAAAGCCCGGUUGAGAUACUGCUUCCAAAGGAGCACUUUGUGGAGCCGAUACGCGAGCUACUGGCUCGGUCGAAUCCUGGCCAUGUCAAGACAGCAGCCGAAGAGGCCUUUGGCGGACGAGGGCUGCCGACCUCACCGACGACGCCCGCAGGCCUAAGGAAGGGUAAGAUGGUCGGGGUCGGGCUCCAUCCGGACAAGCGACACAUGACGGAGAUUCAGGCCGACGCAUUUGUCGCCGGCUACCUGCCUCCCGCGUACGCUUCCGUCCUGUCGAUCCUCCGCGAGGUGCGGAGGCGCCUCGGAAGCCACUGGCUGCAAUCGCGAUUGAAGAUGGGCCAGGAUGGUGGUCUGAGUGUCUUGGAUGUUGGCGGCGCCGGCGCCGGCUUGGUCGCAUGGGAAGAGGUGCUCCGCGCCGAGUGGGAGGUGCUGAAGGAAAAUGGAGAGGUGGGCGGCGAGCAUCCCCCACAGUGGAAGAAGACGGCAGUCAUCGGAUCUGAGCGGUUACGCAACCGUGUCAAAGUCUUCCUCGAGAACACAACCUUUUUGCCGCGACUGCCGGACUACGAGCACUCGGGCGAAACUCAGGGAGAGCAUCUCGAUGCGGGAGAUACGCCUCAGCCGCGCAAGCAGUACGACAUUAUCAUUGCUUCGCACCUGUUUCUCCAGGAGCAGGUCGGCCAUCGGCGGCAGGCCGUGCUGAACAGCCUCUGGAGCACGUUGAGCAAGGACGGAGGCAUCCUGAUUGUCAUUGAGAAGCCGCAUCCUCGUGGCUUCGAGGCCAUGGCGCACGUCCGCGACACGGUGCUCAAGCAGUUCCUCCUACCCGAGUCUGGCGAGCCAAACGUCGACCCAAAGAACUUCAAUCCAGCAUUCCAUCGCGAGCAAGAGCCCGGACACGUCAUUGCGCCGUGCACAAGUCAAGGGACGUGUCCCAUGUACAAGGAGCCCGGCGAAAGCCAGGGUCGCAAAGAUGCAUGCCACUUUCACCAGCGGUUUGUGCAGCCGUCGUUUUACAUGAGCGUUGUGGGUGGCGGCAAAGGUCGCAACCAGGGCGACGUGCGUUUUAGCUACGUGGCCAUCCGCCGGGGCGUGCCAAAGCCGAGUCCCCUGAGCGGCAAGGAGGCCACGCGCAGGGCAUUUGACGGCUACGAAAAGUCGCAAGAGACGCCUCACAUGCAGACGCUGCCGAGGUUGAUCCUGCAGCCGCUGAAGCGCACGCGGCACAUCACCAUGGACGUGUGCACUGCCGAAGGGAACCUGGAGAGAUGGACGGUGCCGAAAAGUUACAGCAAGCAAGCCUACCACGACGCGCGAAAGUCGCAAUGGGGAGACUUGUGGGCCCUGGGGGCCAAGACGCGGAUAUGUCGCCGGGUGCGGGUUGGGCGAGGCGUGGAGAAGCGGGACAAGGGAUCGGGGAAGAAGCCGCACAAGGUGGCGGUGACGAUGGAGGGCGGGCGGAUGUACACCAAGGAGAAGAACAGGUACCGAGAUGGGCCGCGGGAAAGGGGCGGUAAAAAGAAAGAUGCGGUGCAGGAGCUGAUGGAGGCUGAAGAGCGGGAAGAAGCCAUGAUAUCACGAGAAAUCGAUGAGGAGGCCGAGGAAGACGAGGAAGACGAGGACGAGUUCCCCAGGCGCAGCAAGCAAGGGAAGAGGAGGAGAAGAUGA